UUCUGGCCCACAACAGGUUAUCCCCUUGAUCAGAUCGUCCACGUGACACCAGUUUUGUUAACUGCAGCAGAGGAGCGGUGCAUUGCUCACCGGGCUCGCUCAGGCCAUCGUCCAGAUAUCUUUCCUACACCGCACAUCUUCCUGCCCGCCCGAAGACUCACUGGGAUAGCGGCCAGUACCUCUAAGAGCUUGCUCGCUGGAUGCACCGUCUGCUCAGGCUGUCUCGCAUACCGCCUGCUACUCCGAAUCGUGGCGUCUCUACAGUGUUAUAUACCAACUCUCGCCUGACGUCUCGCUCCUAUAUCCGAAACCAUAAUCUGCACACGCAGAACGUCAUGAGUGAAAGGGAUAAGACGUUGUCUAACGGUGGCCCAAGCGAGAGCUUCGGGAAUUUCGACCUGGUGAAGCGUCUCAAGCUGGACUUUGCCGACGUUCUCGUAUCUAAGUGGAAGAGCAGAGUGACCGGCUUGUCUGUUGUCCAUCUCGAUUAUGAAGCUCCCAUUGUGAACGGAUACUUCGUGAUCGCCACUGAAAUUUUCGAUGACAGCGGCUGUCCUCAUACUCUGGAACACCUCGUAUUCAUGGGUUCGGAGCGAUAUCCUUAUAAGGGCAUCAUAGACCAUCUCGCAAAUCGUGGUUUUUCCAAUGGCACGAACGCAUGGACGGAUACGGAUCAUACAGCGUACACUGUAUCGACGGCUGGAGAGCAAGGGUUCCUACAGCUGCUACCGGUAUAUGUCGACCAUAUCCUGUACCCAACGCUCACAAAGGCAGGAUUCAUAACAGAGGUUCACCACAUUGACAGCAAAGGCCACGAUUCCGGUGUAGUCUACAGCGAGAUGCAAGGCAGGGAGAAUACAUCGCAGGACCUGAUGGCACUCCGCAUGCAGCGCCUAAUGAACCCGCCAGGGAGCGCUUAUCGCAGCGAAACGGGCGGUCUCAUGGCAGCUCUCAGGCAGCUCACGGUUGAGAAGAUCCGCGAGUACCAUCACAAAUAUUAUGUACCGCACAAUUUAGCGCUUAUCGUCACCGGCAAGCUGGCUUCUGGCACCACCUCUCUCCUCAGUGUUAUUGAGAAACAGAUUGAACCGGUCCUGGUCGACCAUGGCCAGAACCACGGUCCCCGGCCUCUGGGAUGGAAACGUCCAUUCGCUGAGACGCCGAGUGCUCUGCGAGGACCUAUUCAAACGACUCUCAAGGAAACGGUCGAGUUCCCGGAGAAGGACGAAAGUGUUGGCGAGCUGGUAAUUGGUUUCAUGGGACCUCCGCCCAAUGCAUUCCUGGAGAGGAAGGCACUUGACAUUCUUGGGACGUACCUUACAUCCUCCGCAGUGGCACCGCUGAACAAGGAGUUUAUUGAGGUCGAGUCGCCACUCUGCACGUACAUUUAUUUCGGCGAAGAUACUCGCGCGACGUAUGUUGACCUUCCCGUUUACGUCGGCUCUGUGCCUACCGAGCAUCUCGACACUUUCGACCAGAAGCUCAAGGACAGCUUUCGGCGAAUUGCCGACGAGGGCGUCGACAUGAAACGCAUGGCUAUGGUCAUCAAUCGCGAUGAGCGCCAGCUUCGCAGCAAGAUCGAGACAUCCAAAGGCGAUACCUUCUCUGGCACCAUCAUCACCGACUUUCUGUACGGUGCCGAGGAUGGUUCGGAGCUCGAUCCUUCUAUGGAUGAGAUCAACCAAUAUGCUCAACUCCGGAAGUGGUCGAGCAAGAAUUGGACUGAUCUUCUCAGAAAGUACUACGUGGAUCCGCCCUCUAUUGUUGUGCAAGGCAAACCCUCCGGUGCAAUGGCCGACAAGCUCGAGGCAGACGAGAAGAAGCGCAUCGCUGACCAGAAGGCGCGAUUGGGACCGGAAGGACUCGCUAAGGCUGAACGGGAGCUCGAGGCAGCCAAGUUGGAACAUGACCGGGAAAUCCCUAAACAUAUCUUGACCUCGUUCCCCGUGCCUGAUGUGAAGAGUAUCUCAUGGAUACCUGUGCAGAGUUUGCAGGAGAUCGGCGAGGGCAAGGGGCGUCAUCGGACAGUGGAACAGACUAAUAACGCUGAGCUUGCGAAGCACGUUGCAAAAGACGGGGAUCUGUUGCCCUUCUUCGUCCAGUAUGACCAUGUCCACUCUGACUUCAUCACCAUCAACGCCUACUUCUCCCUCGCCAGGUUGCCCAACAGACUGCGCCCCUACAUCUCUACCUACCUCUCCUCUUUCUUCUCACUGCCCGUGAAGAGAAGUUCUGGAGAGGAGCUGACGCACGAGCAGGUCGUGAACAAGCUCGACGACGAUACCGUGUCAUAUGAUGUUGGACUUGGAGUUGGCGCUGCCUUCAACGAGAUGAUGCGUGUCAGCAUCAAGGUCGAGUCUGCUAUGUACGAGUCUGCCAUCGCAUGGCUAAGAGAUCUCCUCUAUGGUAGCGAAUUCGACAAGGAUCGCUUGCAAAUAACCAUUGCCAAGAUCCAACAAGCACUGCCAGAGUUGAAGCGCGAUGGAGACAACGUGCUAGCAUCCGUCUCCUCUGAGAUGCUGUACAGCGAAGAUUCCACUUCGCGGUCUGGCAGCAUCCUGCCACAGAUCGAGUUCAUCCCAAGGCUUGCGCAGCAGCUUCAGGAUUCGCCAGAGGAAGUCAUUAAGGAUUUCGAAGAGAUCAGGCGGCACAUCACAGAUCCCACUGGCGUUCGGCUCUCUGUUGCUGGGAAUAUGUUGGGCAUCAAGCUGCCUCGAAGUCCCUGGAGAAAGUACUUCGAGCAACUACCAGCAACUGAGCUGGCGCCUGUCACAUUAGCUAUCGACACUCUCAGCUCUCUGGGUAAGAACCCCGUCAAGAAGGCGGUCGUGGUCAGCCUUCCGACAAUCGAGAGCUCCUAUGUCGCACAUACCACAAAGGGUAUCCAAGGUUUUGCCCAUCCCGAUUAUCCAGCUCUUCGCGUAGCUAGCGAGGUUCUCAACGCUACAGAGAGCUUCCUAUGGAGGUACAUUCGUGGGUCGGGAUUGGCCUACGGUGCACAUGUAUCUGUGGACCUCGAAGCUGGUCUUCUGGGAUUUGGACUUUACAGGAGCUCAAAUAGUAUGAAGGCGUUGGAGCAGGCUAGAACGGUGAUCCAAGGCCUCGUGGAUGGAUCAAUACCACUGGAAGACACCACGAUUGACGCAGCGAAAAGCAGCAUCGUCUUCGGUGUCACGAAGAGCGUGUCGACACCGGGUCGCGCGGCAUUGUCCUCCUUUCUAAACCAAGCCUUCAAGGGCGUCCAUCAAAACCACAAUGUCAAUCUCCUGGAGAAGUUCCAGGCAGUUACAAAGGACGACGUCCUGUCGGUUUUACGCGUCCAUUUCCUGCCGCUUUUUCACUCUUCGUCCUCUGUCGCAGUAGUUGUCACUGCACCCUCGAAGGCCGCGGAUAUCGGGGAAGAGUUAACCAAGCUUGGCUUUGAAGUAAAGCAGCGGACACUUCAAGCUGAUCCCGAAGAAGAUAACAAAGCGGAAAGCGGCAGCGAGAGCGCUAUUGACAGUGAGAGUGAUAGCGAGGACAGCCGAUGAUGACACACUGUAAUGGCUGAGCAAUGCAUAUAUCUACUACUCUUUGUCGUCCCGACGGACAUAUCAAUGGGAUCAGCGUCUCCUAGGAAGAUGCUACAGCCGAAUUAUCCGCGUCCGCUGCAGUGGAAGAGCCUAUGACCUCAAUCAUUUUCUCGGACGCCUGUCCCGCCCUGAGCUCAACAUCCUCCAGGAAGUCAUUAUCAACAAGAAAUCGGAUAGCUUGCGAGAGAUUGGACACCGUCAUGCGUAUCUCAGGAGUGAGUAGCUGAUAACGCGCGUUUAAAUAUCUGCAUGGGGGGUAGAAGUAGUAUGUACUUACAUUGCGUAGAAGAGAUGGACGUGAGGCGAAGGGAUUGUUAAGUGGCUUCCGG